CUUCCCGUUAACAUAACUUUCCCGCUCUUUUCGCAUGGCGUCAGAUUCUUUUUUGUUUCGUCAAUAUAUAUAUAUAUCUCUAUUUGCAAGUAUAUAAAAAAAAGUUUAAAGUUAAUGUUAUCAAAUUAUGUUUACUAAUAAUAUUGUAUCAUUAAAUUAGUUUAACAAUUGCAUAUUGAACAUACAUUUUAUUAAGCGAAAGCUUAAUAUGUGAAAAAUAACAAAUUAAUUGGUAAAGUCUAGAUAAAUUUAAUGCCCGGAAGUACCUAAAACGACAGUCGUCCGGUGUAAACAUGACGAGUGACGCGUACCAGUGCGCAGCUACCAACGCGCAGCAUUUGAACAUUCAUAGUUCGAUCGGCCAUAUUGUCCUCCGGGUCUUACACAACGCCCUCACACGAACAUUCUCGACUUUACGAGGUAAGCGAAUAUUUCGAGGUUUCGUGCAGCAAGCGAACUUAGCACAACGUGGAAACUUAAUUCCGUGUGAAGAAAGACGAUUUUAAGCGAUAUUUGAAGAGACUUGUGGCCGCCGGUCGCGAACAAAACGCAAAAGAUUGACUAAUGAGAGAAAGUACAUUUGUAUGAGUUAAUGAUCUGACCAUGACAAGUAACGUAGCAGCAAUUAAGUUAGAAGAGGGGCAAGAAUCCGUAACAGAAAUACAGACUUAUUUAGAAACAUUUAAUAAAGAAAUAGAAGGAGGUCAGGGAGAGCAAUUACAACAUGUACAAUUACAACAAGUGGAAGGAUUGUCAGGUGGAGAAGAGGGUGGGACUUAUUUUGUUGAUCAAUCUGGCCAAUAUUAUUAUCAAGCAAAUAAUGAUGAAACACCUGUGAUGACACAGGUACAAAUUCAAGAAGUAGAAGAAACAGAUGUACAAAAUGAUGGAGAAACACCUCAAGAAGAACAAUAUAAUGAAAUUGAAGAAUUAGAAAAUGUUGAUGGUGAUGAAGAUAGUCAUGUAGCUAAUGGUGGAAAUAAUCAAGUUGUAAUCAAUUCUGGAGAUGCAUAUCAAACAGUUACUAUUGUACCAUCUGAUACAAAUCCAGGAGAAGUUAGUUAUGUAUUAAUAGUUCAGCAACCUGAUGCUGAAGACAAAGAAAGCAGACCUGUAGAACGAGAAGGAACAGAAGGAGAAGAAGGGGAAGGGGAACAAGACCUUACAGUUUAUGACUUUGAAGAUAAUGAAGAUAAUGAAGCACCUGUGGAAUCAGAAGCAGAAGAUGACAAAACAAAAAUUAUUAAAUUUUUACCUAAAAAGUCUCAAACUGUUACUCAAGCUCAUAUGUGUAAUUAUUGUAAUUACACAAGUCCAAAAAGAUAUCUGUUAUCACGGCACAUGAAAUCACAUUCUGAAGAAAGACCACAUAAAUGUAGUGUUUGUGAAAGAGGAUUUAAAACAUUAGCUUCGCUUCAAAAUCAUGUUAAUACACAUACUGGGACCAAACCACAUCGUUGUAAAUUUUGUGAUAGUGCAUUCACAACUUCUGGUGAACUUGUUAGACAUGUUCGAUAUAGACAUACUCAUGAAAAACCACAUAAAUGUCAUGAAUGUGAUUAUGCAUCUGUUGAAUUAUCUAAGCUCAAACGUCAUAUACGAUGUCAUACAGGGGAACGUCCAUAUCAGUGUCCACAUUGUACAUAUGCAAGUCCUGAUACUUUUAAAUUAAAGCGACAUUUGCGUAUACAUACCGGAGAAAAGCCAUAUGAGUGUGAUUUUUGUCAAGCAAGGUUUACCCAGUCUAAUAGCUUAAAAGCUCAUAAAUUGAUACAUAAUGUUGGUGAUAAACCAGUAUUUCAGUGUGAAUUAUGUCCAACCACUUGUGGAAGAAAAACAGAUCUCAGAAUUCAUGUACAAAAAUUACAUACCUCUGAUAAACCUUUGAAAUGUAAACGUUGUGGAAAAACAUUCCCAGAUAGAUAUAGCUAUAAAUUACACAGUAAAACUCACGAAGGAGAAAAAUGUUAUAAAUGUGAUUUGUGUCCAUAUGCUUCUAUAUCUGCGCGUCAUCUUGAAAGUCAUAUGUUAAUUCAUACCGAUCAGAAACCAUAUCAAUGUGAUCAUUGCUUUCAAUCCUUCAGACAAAAACAACUUCUAAAACGGCAUUGUAAUUUGUAUCAUAAUCCUUCUUAUGUUCCCCCUCCACCACAAGAGAAAACACAUCAAUGUCCCGAAUGUGAACGACCAUUUAGGCAUAAAGGUAAUCUUAUUCGACAUAUGGCUGUUCAUGAUCCAGAAUCAUCUCUUCAAGAAAAACAACAAGCAUUGAAGAUGGGUAGACAGAAAAAGAUUCAAAUUAUAGAUGGACAAAGAGUUGAAGUCAUGACAGGUGAUUUAGCUUCUAAACUUAAAGGUUAUGAAGAAGAAGAAGAUGAUGAAGACGAUAUGAUGGCAGUUGAAGGGAGCGAUGGACAACAAUAUGUUGUAUUGGAAGUUAUACAGUUAGCUGACAAUCAAGGAACUGAUCAGCAAAUGGCCGUUGUAGCUAGCGAGGAUGGAGAUUUAGUGAUGCAAGAUCCUCUGAGUCAAGAAAGUGGAAUUGUAACUGGUACAGGAGAAGAAAUUGAUGAUGGAGAAGAAGAAGAAGUAGAAAUGGACGAGUUAAAAAUUGAACCAGGAACAACUAAUAAAUCUCAAAAUACACAAAAUGAUCCAAAAUUACAGAAAGAGAUGGAAACCUGUUUUGGUUUUGACGAAGAAGAAGAAGAAGAGGAAGAAGCUAAUGGUAAUAUAAAUAUACUGCAGACAAUUUCAUAAUAUAUAUAAGAAGAAGGAAUCCAAGGAAAUCCAUCUAUGUAAUAGUCACAUGUUUUAUCUCUCUCGCAGUAAUAAGGUAUAUACUGUGAGUGCAAUUUAAUAUUAUUUAAAAACUCUGUGCAUAGCUCCAAUGGAGCCAAUUUUCGGGGCCAGUGCGGUCUACAUGAAUGGUACAAGAACAUUUUUUGCCACUAGUGCAUUAGAUGUACGUAAUAAUUUAUAAAGAAAUAGUAGUUUUGUGGUUUAGUGAAAUAUGAAGAAUGUACAAUUACAAUAAUGUAAAAUAUUAUUUUACUUUAUUAUCAGUAAAAAAAUUGUCCUUCAAAAAUUGUAAACCGACAAAACUGUUAUUAAUGAAAACAGAUAUAUUAGCAACGUAGAUUGGUAUAAUAUUUUUAAAUCAGUUAUUUAAUAUAAAGCAUGUAGCAAAAUAUUUGAAUUUAUUGAUAUCAUUCAUUGUUGGAAUGUGGUUAAUGGAACUGAAAUUACAGAAUAAAAUGAGGCUGCAGUGUAUAUAAAUGCUUACCAUUACACUUCAUUUUAUAGAUAAAUAUCAUAUUCUAUAAAUAAUUAGGAGAAAGACAAACGAUAAAUUUAAUGAUAUUGGUCGAAUUUUAUGUUAUUUAAUAUGAAUGAUAUAUAUAGAAAUGUAUAUAUAAGAAAUUCAUAAUACAAAAAGAGAUAACAAUUUUUCAUUGACCUGGAAGAUGUUACAUUUGUGAUUGUAUAGAAGUAUUUCAUAAUAAUAAUAAUAACAAUAAUAAUAAUAAUAAUAAAAGAUCAUUUUAUGAAUAAAUACCUAUAUAUACAUAUUAUUAAUGAUAAUUGUAUCAGGUCAAAAUUUUUGUGAAUACAAGAUAAAGUAUGAAUGGCAGAAAGUAAUUUGAUGUUAAGUGUAAUGUUAUGAUAAUUAGUAUAAUUAUAAUAAUUAAUUUUUUAUUUCACCUUUUUUAAUUCCCUUUCUUGAAAAUAUAUACACAAUUUUUAGAAUAGCUCUCCUUCCAGGUUGAUUAUAAAAAUAUACCAAUAAAAAAUGUUAUAUAUUUAUAAACGAGGAAUGGAAUUUUUAAGUAGUUGAAUUUUUUGUGUUCUGUCGUUCUGUGACAGUUUAGUUUAUCGUAUAUAAUUUUGUGAUUGCGUAGUAUCUAGAAAUAAAAAAUGGUAAUUUCCUAUUAAUAUAAAUUACAUAUAUAUUUCUCUUAUGUAAUCAAGUUCUUAUAAACGUAAUCUUAUACGCAAUUUUUCACAUGUUGCACGUAAGUUAUUCUAUGUACCUCGUCGAGCUAAAGAGAGAUAAUGCUGUAAAAAAAAAAAAAAAAAAACUUGUAAAAUUUUUUUACAUUCAAAUUGUACGAUUGUAAUUGAACAAUUGAGAUUCUUCAAAUCGAAGCAGUUUCAUACAAUAUCCCAAAGAAAAACGGUGUAGCAUUUUCUCCACAAUAAAUAUUACGUCGUCGACAAUGCUCUCUUUUACGCACAUUAUUUCCAUUAACGAAUUUAUCGUUUCGAUAAGAAAUUUAUAUCGUUUAACGCACACGUUAUAUCUAUUAAUCCGAACAAGGCGUAUACACACGGAAACACGACCGUUUAUUUGCUUUGUAUCCUGUAAAUAAUCGGCGAAGCGUUUGCUCCCACCUUUAACGAUAUUAGGAAAAGCCGCACCCAACUGCACCCCCUACGGUCGUUAACCCCAUACAUAUGUACUACGUACCACGUCUCGUUUAUCAGGGUACAUUUAUAGAACACGCGAUAGUCUACGGUUAAAAGGUGAAUUUUUUCGUAUUUACAAUUACAUUAAGAGCGUGUGAUAAGAAACGAGAAUAAAAAAAAAAUAUAAAUAUAUAUUGUUAAUUAAUGUAGGACCGUACUUAGGAAAUUCUAUUACAUAUAUAUAAAUAAUACCUAUCUAUAUACUGCGAUCAAUUUUUGACAAUAUACGUGUAAUUUAUGAUUCGAGACGUUAUGUUAAUUCUCUCGUUUUAUCCAUCCGAUAGUUCACGCCUUCCAUUUGUAUUCCUUGUGCGUCCGUAGGAUGUAAUAAUAAUCUCUCUUUCAAAGGAAUGUCGAAUGAAAGCGGAUGUAACAAUACGCGUAUAAUUUCGUGCGUGCAAACGAUUCGCCCGACAUCGGCGGACUUUGAUGAUCGUGAGUGUAAAUGUUACUUUAUUACACUUUCUUGAACGUGAUAAUUUUAAAAUCUCUGUACUUUACGAGAAAAAAAAAAAUAAAUAAAGUAAAUCGUAUCAAA